AUGCCGGUGAUGCGGGGUCUGAUUGCGCCGCAGAACACCUUCCUGGACACUAUCGCCACGCGCUUCGACGGGACCCGUGAGUACACCUGUUUACAUCUGUCAGUUAUCCGGUAACGAUCCGGAAUAAAUCACAUUGAUGUUUUAAACAAUUGAAAGUUUAACAUUAAUAAUAGGCUAACAAAGGGAUCAGACGAGGAGACAUUAAAUGAAUAAAUGAAUGAUUGAAUGAAUGAAUGAAUGAAUCACAUUUGUCUCGAAUAAUUCAUAAAUUUCCACACAGUUUGAGGGUAAAUCUGGUUAAAUUUUUCCCACUAAAUUUAAAAAAAUGUUUCAGUCAUAUAGAGAUGAUGGUUUUUGGUAUAUUUAAUUUUAGCAGCAGAAUCUUGAACUCACCUCUGACAGACAUGGUAAAGCCUCAAUGAACUAUAAAAACUCCUAAUCUGAAUAAUACUCACUGGUUUUGAUAUGACAUGCAGUGUCAUGUGUGGAUGCAUGUAUGUAUUUGGUGGUAAUGGUGCCAUUCAUUAGCAUCACUCUACUGUGAGCAGCAGCUGUCACUUAUUUUAGGUUCACUUCAGUUCAGUGUGGAUUCACACAGCUUCAGGGCUGUAUUCACCUACCAAGAAGGCUCAGGGCUUAAACCAUCUCCUGCCCCCUGUUUACCCCCUGCUCCUUUAGUACAGUGGUGAAUUAAAGGGAUAUUCCGGUGUAAGAUUAAGUUAGAAUCAAACACACUGUAACACCGAGUAAAGGUCCUUACACACCGGGGCCGACACGAAUAUAAAACGCGAAAUCACGAAAUAUUCGGAGGUGAAUUUUGAAGCGCCUGACUAUACACAUCAAGUGCGAUUUUAUGACUUUCUGGGGGGAAAGAGACGCACCGGGGAAGACUUUUCCGAGGAAAAGUCCUGCCUCCUUCUCCUCUGAUGAGUUAGAAAAGCUGGAAACAUCAUCACACGCUAAAGCCAAACGGUCAGAACUUAUAGCCAAUCAGAGGCGAAGGAGGGCGGGACCUUCCCUUAGCAACCCACAGCGUCCCGGGUAGAAGCAAGAGGACAAAAAUGCAGUCUACUUCAACUUCAAGUGAUGUCGAAUUGGUACUCCUUUUGAUUUCUCAAAAGAUAAAGAAACGUAGCACACAGGUGCAUCCAAUAUUACAAAAAAGAAGAGAACUUGAGUUUCACUGCUUAGUUCAGGAGCUGAAACUGUACCACAGUCGCUUUAGAACCUGUUUUUGGAUGUCCGUUGAACAAUUUGAAGUUCUGCUGAAACAAUUAGCUCCAAGUUUGAAGAGGCAGAGGACUAGACACGAGUGUUGAGAUGGCUUUCUGUCAUGAUAGCAUGUACUGAGUUGGGGCCAGUACCAGAUAAGCACAUGAAACUAUGGUAACAACUGUUAGCUUACGUUAGCACAGAUGAAAGUUAAAACAAAGACGUUUAGCAAACUGUUAAAGCACACAAACCAUCGUCAUAUAAGAAAUCCGACACUGUGACUCUCCACAAGUUGUCCUUCAGGUUGUUAUCUUUGUAAUGUGUGAGUAAACGAUCAUAAACAAUCAGCCGAUCGGCCAUGUUGGAUAUACCGGUAUUAAACAUCACAAAAACACGCAAUCUGAUUGGUCAGAAGUGGACACACAGUAUGCGAAACUUUAGAAAAGUUGACUAUGAUCCGAAAAAAUAAAUGUCGCAAUAUUGCAGAACAGGAAAAUGUUGCUGAUGUGAACGCUUGUAUUGACAGGAUACGGGUUUGAAAAAAAAUAUUGACAUCCGAAAUAGAGGCACGACAAAAACGGUCCCGGUGUGUAAGGACCUUUAGACACCCUGACAAGAGAUGAAUGUUACUACCCGCUUGCUUCUCUAGUUAUACCAACUUUAGUAACGACCGCAUGAUAGCAAUACACAGCGGUCUCAGAAGCCACCAGCUCAACCAAAAGGCCACUCUUUUGCCACAAGUAAUGCUCAGAACAGCACCUAACUUCAUCAACAGUACAUAUAGGGUCCCAGCCAUAGUACUAGCCAUCAAACAUCUUUUUAGCUUUGCCUUAUUUCUUUAGCAAAGAGACUAAACACAACUCACCCACUCUCUUCCAGCAACUGCUUGUUGGUACAGAGACCUUAAGCGAGUCCAUUACAGCAGCGGCGUGACGCAGCUCAAGCUCUAUAUGUACUGUUCAAAUUCAACUUUAUUUGUAUGGCACUUUUCAUACAAAAAAUGCAAUUCAAAGUGCCUCACAGAGGCUAAAAACAACAAUAACAAUAAUAAAACUGGACCCUCCCAUCCACACACACACCCUUGGACACACAUGCACACAAAGGCACACACCCACCCUCACUCACACACACACACACAACCGCACACAGUGUAAGAAUUUAAGAUAUAUUGUUAAAGAGACAUGGCCUGACACCGAGGCAUUACGUGAGGAAAGAGCUACCUUUGGGAAACAGCGGAGAUAAAAAAAAAUAGAGAUAAAAAUGGUGAAAAGAAAAAGUAAAACCUGAUGGACUAAAAUAAGAAAAUAAUAUUAAAUGAACAGAUAAGUAAAAUCUCUUUACCAUAUAAAAAAGGGGUAAAAGAAUUAAAAACCUGUGAUGGGAAUUAAGAAGAAGACUAAGAAUAGAGACAAUUAAUAAAAUGACAUAAAAUAAACAUUAAGAACUUCAAUUAAAAUGAACAUUUGCAAUAAGAGAAAGAUAAAAAGGCAAUUAGUAAAAUGCCUGGUUAAAAAGGUGAGUCUUGAGCCUCUUCUUAAAAACAUCAACAGUCUCUGCGGCCCUGAGGCUCUCCGGCAGGCUGUUCCACAACCCGGGGACCAUAAAAACUGAAAACCACCUCCCCGUGUGUUUUUGUUUUAACUUUGGGUAAGGUUAAAAGGCCUGUGCCGGAGGACCACAGGGCCUGCGAGGGUUGAUAUGGUAAAAGUAAGUCAGAUAAAUAGGGAGGGCCAAGACCAAUAAUACAUCUAAAAACUAAUAAAAGAACCUUAAAAUCAAUCCUGAAACGGAUGGGGAGCCAAUGCAGCGAUGCUAAAACUGGUGUUAUAUGCCCUCGCCCUCUGGUCCUUAUCGGCACUCUUGCAGUUGAAUUCUGUAAUAUUACUGUUGAUGAAGUAUGGUGCUGUUCUGAGCUUUAUUUGUGGCUAUAGAGUGGCUUUUUGGUUGAGCUCGUGGCUUCUGAGACCGCUGUGUAUUGCUAUUGUGCGGUCGUUACUAAAGUUGGUAUAACUAGAAGAAGCAAGCGGUCGGCAACAUUAAUCUCUCGACGGGGUGUCUAACUCGGUGUUUUGGUGUGUUUGACCCUAACUUAAUUUUACGCCGGAAUAUCCCUUUAACUGUCCAGUUUUUGCUCUUUUGUUUUCGGCUCUGUUCAAAUCAAAAUGCGUUUAGCGGCAGAUCUGCUUACUUACCAAGGAUGUUUAAAAGCAGCUAAUUACCCAGUCUUUUAAUAUAAAUAGCUAAACACAGAUUACAGUCUGUAGUUUGAUUCAUUGGUUUGCAAAGUUUGGUUAAGACCAGCAGAGCUAGCAUAACCAGCCUUCAGGUUAACUCUGGUUGAGUGUUUUUUGAACUAGUUUAAGGCUACGUUCACACUGCAGGUUAUGAUGCACAAUUCAGAUUUUUUGUUACAUCCGAUCUUCUUGUGCGGUCGUUCACAUUACAACAAUGACUGCAGCAUCUAAUGUGAACGUGAAGUUACCCGCAUGCGCACAAAUUGCUUUCCGCGCCUGUUUGUGUUGUCGAACAAUGGUGAUCUUUGUCGCAUAUUGAUGAUGUAUAGGUUGGAUGAACGUGACCUGAAUGUCCACACUGCAGUCACAUCGGAUACAUAUCUGAUUUAUAUCCACAUACAAAAGAGGCCUGGGUCGGAUUUGAAAAAAUCAGAAUAGCACUGUUCACACUUACAUGAAAAAAUCAGAUAUGUGUCACAUAUGGUUAAGAAAUCGGAAUUGACCUGCAGUGUGAACAUAGCCAAAUGCAGCCUACAUUCAACUCCAUUUUGUAGAUCUUAAUACUGGCAAACCAUGCCACACAAUUAGAUGACAUUCGGGGAGCUGAGCAUCACAGCAGGAGCCAUUAACCUCAGCUACAGCAGUGACUAGUAAACGGAGACUGCACUACAGCUUAGAAGAUGAGCGACAUUUCCGGCCUGCAAUAAUAAAAUUAUCAGUUACUCUGACAACUAACACUUGACCCAACAUGCACUGAUGAUGAGGUUUAGUCAAGUAUGCACAUCUCUCAAACUUUCACCCACAAAAUAUAGAAAAAAUUUCAUCAUGAUUAAUUUGUGUAGGUUCAUUAGUCUUUGAGAAGGAUGUUUGUUUUCUGCAUGCUUAAUAAACCUGCAAACAGACAGUUUUGAUGUUUUCCUUGCUGUGUGAUAUGUACUGUAAUUUUCCAGUACUAAUAAUGUCUGAAAUGAGUAUUUUCUAUCAUGAUCCUGUGUUUCUACUCAUCUGUCAUUGGUGCUUAUAUUUUGCUCACUCAAUUCAAACAUGUAAUGUUAGGAUCAGGUUUGCAGCUCAGCACUCACUAAAAACGUGUCUGACCUUCUGCUGUGAAGAUUAAUGGUUGUAGUAGCAGCUCCCUUGUAUCGUAUAUUCUUGCAGCACAAGAUCCCCAGAGGAAUCCUGUUCUCCAAGCAUGAUCCCAUUACCUCUAAGCUGUUUGUCAUUACAGAGUCAAGAGCUGGACCUCUGUUCCCCCUUUUCCUCUCUAUAAUCUGAGGUCUCAUAACGCUCUCUUACAGCAUGGUUUUAAGAUAAGAGAGAUGCUUGGGAAAUCAAGGAGAAAAUAUGUUUUAAAAAAAAGUGUUUGUGGUGCUGAUACUGAGAGAUGAGAGCGAGACAGUGAGGAGGAGACAUGAUGCAGCAGAAUGAGAACUAAACUAUAACAUCUGUGAGGGUGAACGCUCAUAGUGUUAUUCACACAGGCCUGUGUCUCCAGCACACAUUUUAAAGUCUAUAUCCAAACAGGAGUGUUCACGGCUGUCGACGAGUCUGUGAUAUUUACACGACCAGGACACAGGGUGUAGAAGCAGAAUAUAUCACCUCCAUCAGGUGCACCGAUUUAAUUCCUGUCAGAGCCUGUUGGUAUUGCAGGAAGGAUGGUGUUCAGUGCAGCCAUCCAUCAACACAAAGCCAGCUACACAAUGGAAGUACAGUAAAUGGACAACCCUGUUACAGAGAGAACACAGUCUAUAUAACAACUAGAGUUUGAUUUCUGUUCUUUUGAAACCUCCUGUGUGAGAGUUUCAGUAAAAGUCUUUUAUUUUACUUGUCUUUUAACAAUCUUUUUUUUAGAUACUUAAUGUACUCCCUGCUGUCAAUUACGAAUAUUUACUUUAUAUUAAAAGUUACUCAUCAGAAGGCUCAGGCGGAGCGAUUCAUAACAGCUGUUUUAGUCUGUCACACUCCUCAGGUUUAGCAGCUGCAUGCCUUUUUAUGUUCACACCUUCAUCGUCAGAGCAUCUAGACUCAGAUGUUUCUCCUUUAGUUUAACACACGCAGCAGAUCUGACGAUGAGGAGACAACACUCACUGUGAGCGUUUCACAUCCGAUCCAUCUGUUUGACUGACAUGACCCUCACACAGAGUUCUAUUGCUGCACAUUUUUAGUCAAAGCUGAGCAGCAAAAGUGAGUUUCAUAAAAUCAAGCCACAAACUAAACAACAGAGUCUCUCUGCUGGCGUGACCUGCUGAGGUGCAAGUGUGACUGUUGGCAAAUGACACUCUCAUUUUUACCACAUGCUGUAGUGCAGAACUGUGUGUUCCUGCAUGCAGAGCUGUUAUAAAAACACCUUACCUGGAUUAAGCUGGAGGAAAAAAGCUGUUUGAAAAUGUAAUGCAGUGGAUGCAUCACUUUUAGCACCAUCUGUAGUUAUUUAGCAUGACCAUCAUUGUUUUCAGCAUAAUUGUCAUCAUUUUUAGCAUCAAACUAUGCAUUAUCUUCAGCAUCUCUAGCAUCAUGUCCAACAAAAGCUUGAUCUUUUGCACUCUUUAUGGCAUUAACCUCAACAUUAUCUCAAGCAUCAUCUCCAGCAUCACUUUCAGCUUCCUCGUCUUUUUACCUUUCGCAUCAUCUUUCACGUCACCAUAAGUAUUAUCUUAAGCAUUAUCUUCAGAAAAAUCUGAAGCAUUGUUUUAUGCAUUAUCUCUAGCAUCAUACAAAGCAUCAUCUUCAAGCAUCCUUCUCUUUUAACAUCAUCUGCAGCAUCAUCCUUUGCAUUAAUUUAAUUGUUUUUACAGCAUUAUCUUAAGCGUCACUAACUAUAGCCUUACCGACAACGUCCUGUUUAGCAUUGGCUUUAGCAUGAUCCAUGGCAUUCUCUUUAGCAUAACAUGAUUUAUAUCUCUAGCAUCACUUUCAACAUCAUCUUCUUUUAUCCUCUUUAGCAUUAUAAUCUUCAUCACCUUCAGUGCUAUCCUUUUUUGGUCAUCCUCUCUUUUUUAGCAUCAUCUAAAGCUUUAUCUGCAGCAUCAUCUUUUGCACGAUCUCCAGCAUGACCUUCAGCAUCUGUUUAUUUUUUAUCAUUUACAGCAUUAUCUUAAGCCUCAUUGUCUAUAGCCUUAUCUACAAUAUCCUUUUUAGCAUUGGCCUCAGUAUGAUCCAUAGCAUUAUCUCUAGCAUUACAUGAUGUAUAUCUCUAGCAUCACUUUCAGCAUCAUCCGCUUUCAUCCUCUUUAGCAAUAUCUGAGUCAUCAUUUAUGCACAAUCUUCAGCAACAUAUAGAGCAUCACCUUCAGUGAUAUAAUUUUUUGGUCAUCAGCUGCUUUUUAGCAUUAUCUUAAGCUUUUUUGCAGCAUCAUCUUCUACACCAUCUCUAACAUGCCCUUUAACAUCAAAUUUUUUAAUCAUCUAAAGCAUUAUCUUUUGCACCACCUACAGCAUUUUCUUGAACAUCAAUCCUGGAGUCAUCUCUGACUGCAUUUUCUUCAUCAGUCACUUGCUUAUCAUCCUCAUAGGUCUAUUCUUUUGUAUUUUCCUUAGCAUCAUUUUUACUGUCUUAUUUUUAGCAUUAAUUCCAGUAUCAUCUUCUUCAUCGUCUUCAGCAUGUAAGGCAACAUCCUCAGCAUUUGAAGGAUAGUUUUCAGCAUCUUUGUCAUCUGCAGUAUCACCUGUGACACUAUUGUUAGCAUUUUAAGCAGCAAAGUUAAACAUCAAAUUAUAAUGUUCCAUCACUCUUUUUGGUUUAUAUAUUUUAUUUGCAUUAUAUUUUUGAUCCUCUGUGACUCUUUCUAAAGCUCCUCUGUUGCUGUUAUACGCAUCAGUGUUGGAUAACUUAUGUCGGACUCGUUUUAAACCUCCCCCUACUGACAGCUUUAUUCAACACUGAAAUUUAUGAGGCCAGUAAACCUGGCCUUGAAAUUUGUAUUUGUGAGCUCCCCAUCCCAAUGUUCACCUCAGCCAUUCAGGGUCUGUGCUCUCAGAUAAAGGGCUGAAGUGUGACUGUGUAUGUGUGUGUGUGUGUGUGUGUGUGUGUUUCAGUUGUGUUUGUGUGCUUCCGAUGAAAUGUGAGACUUCCCCAUGAUCCGCCUGUCUCCGUGGAGUUUCAGCAUUUAGAGCGAUCAGCUUUGUGAAAGUGUGAAUUAUUAAAUUUUAUUGUUCAGUUCAUCUUCAUGCAGACCCACGCUCUCUCUCUCUAUUCUCUCUCUCGCUUUCUCUCAUUCAUCAUUUAUCCUCCACUCCCUCACCUUUUAUUCCUCACUUUUCCUCCAUUCAUCUCUCUCUCUCUCCCUCUCUCAGUCCCCUCUCUCUCAUCUUUUCUUCUCGGUGAGAGCUGCAGUCUGCAGAUUAUUUCAUGGUCCACAUGUUAAUGACCUCAGGGGAAUGAAUGGAUGUCUCAGAGGCUCCCACCAAAUCUCAUUCACUUUUUUCUUGAAUUAUUCAAACAUCUGAAUUCCGUCAAACAGCCAUUGUAUAUCACAACCUGCAGCCCUGGUAUCAUUAUGGUACAUCAUAUUCACUUAUUUAUAUCAGUCCUCUUUGAGCAGUAUGUAUUACUCCUGCAGCACAGACAAACUUCUGCAAACAAACCCUUUCAGUGUCUCUUCAAUCUGACAGUUUUAUUAAGGGUUUCUGGGUUUACUCAGGUUGUAGAAACUAUCUCAGAGACUCAUCUCAGCAUCUUUUUUGACUUUGAUGCCUUUAUUGACAGGGUUUUAUCUGCUAAACCAUGUGUUUAUAUUGGUUUUUUAGUCACAUUAUUUGUUUGCUGUGUGUUUUUGCCUCCUCAGAUAGUAACUUCGUCCUGGGAAAUGCUCAGGUCCAGUCCCUCUACCCCAUCGUUUAUUGCUCCGAUGGUUUCUGCGAGCUCAGCGGCUUCGCUCGUGGCGAGCUGAUGCAGAAGAGCUGUACGUGUCACUUCCUGUACGGCAGCGAGACCAGCCAUCAAAUCACAGCGCAGAUGCAGACGGCGCUCGACGAACGGCGCGAGUUCAAGACCGAGAUCAUCCUGUACAAGAAGAGCGGUGAGUGAUCAGUCAGGCUGUCAGUGUUCGUGGAUUUAAGGUCAGCUUCUCUGAAAGUUUUGUACCCUGGUGUGGAUUAUAAUCCGCAUUCAUGAUGAGGAUUAUUUUGUGUUCUGGAAUGGGAUUAUAAAAUUAGUUUUGGAUUCGAAAUAUAAUCUGUGUUUUUGAUCAAGUUUGAAUUAAUUUUCUAGAUUGAGAUUACAAACAGUCCUAAAUUUGAAUUAUAAUCUGUGAUUUGUUAAAAGACUAUAAUCUGUAUCGGCAUUAUGAUGUAUAUUCUGGAUUGAGGUCACAAUCCAUGCUCUAUAAAAUUUUUUACAGAUUGGGAUUAUAAUCUGUGGUUUUAUAUUGACAUAAUUUAUGUUUUGGAGUCAGAUUAUAAUCUUUGUUAUGGACUGGGGUUAUAAUCUGUGUUGAGGAUCGGGGUUAUAACUCAUUCUCUGUUGUACUUUGCCAAAAUGAUUAGCCCCCCUAUAAAAUUCUAAAUAUUUUACCAUAAAUUCCAAAGUGCUGUUCAACAGGUUAAUGUUUUUUUUUCACAGCUUUUCCAAACAUCCUAGUUAUAUUUGGAUCCUUACAUUAUUUUACUUUGCACACAGAAACAAAAUUAUUUCACAAAACCCCAAAACAACCAGGGUCAAAAUUAUUAGCCCCCUUAAGAAUUGGUGUUCUUCUUGAGCCAAAACAAAAACCACUGUUGUGCAAUCAUGUGCUUUCACUUUCAGCUUGUCAUCAAUCAAUCAAUUAAGUUAAAACAAAGGGUUGUCCUACACUUUACACACUGUAUAAAAUAAGGCUGUCACUUGAGAAGGCAUCAUGGCAAAAACAAAAGAAUUCAGUUUAGACUUGAGAAAAAAGUGGUUGAUGCUCACAAAGCAGGAGAAGGAUAUAAAAAUUUAUCUCAGUGUUUCAAAGUGUCAAGAAGUGGAGUGAGAAGAAAUUCAAGGAGAUCAACACAGUACAGAACAAGUCUGGGAGAGGUAGGAAGCGAAAAAUUUCAAAGAGACUGGAAAGAAAACUGGUAAGGAUGUGUCUAAACAACCUACACUGUGUGUACAAUUAUUACACAAGUUGUAUUUUUGAGGAUAAAUUUUAUUUUUGAACAACUGCAGUGCUCUCGGUCAAUCCAAAAUGUUAAUAAAACCUCAAACCUGAAUAUUUAAGGGAGUAAAAGUGAGAUUUUGGCUUCCUGGGGAGAAUAUCUAUGUGUGCACAAUUACUGGGCAACUAUUAGUGUGCAGAAUUUUUAUGCAACUAAAUUAAAAAGGAAAAAAUUUUCAUCUCACUUUAACAAGUGAGAAUGAUAAACAAACAACUCAAUUUACAAAUAAUAAUUGUUGAAAUAAAAAAAAUAAAAAAAUCAAUGACCAAUGUAACUACCCUUCUUUUCAUUAACAGUCAUAAGCCUUCCAUUCAUGGAGUCUUUCAGUUUCUUGAUCUGUUGACGAUCAACUUUUUGUGUUGCAGUAACCAAAGCCUUCCAGACACUGUUCAGAGAGGUGUACUGUCUUCCUUCACUUUAAAUUUCCCGUUUAAGAAGAGCUCACAAGUUCUCAACAGGGUUUAGGUCAGGUGAAGAAGGAGGCCACAUCAUUAUUCUUUUGUUUUUAAGGCCUUUACUGGCGAGCCACAUAGUGGAGUACUUUGUUGCAUGCAAUGGAGCUUUGUCCUGCAUAAAAAUCAUGGUUUUCUUUAAAGAUGCAGACUUUUGCCUGUACCACUGCUUGAAGAAAGUGUCUUCUCAAAACUGGCAGUAGGUUUGGGAGUUGAUUUUAAGUCCAUCUUUAACCCGAAAAGGUCCAGCUAUCUCAUCUUUAAUAAUACCAGCCCAUACCAGUACCCGCCUCCACCUUGCUGGUGUCUGAUUCGGAGUGGAGCUCUGUGCCCAUUACUGAUCCAGCCACAGGUCAAUCCAUCUGGUCCGUCAAGAGUCACUCUCAUCCCAUCAGUCCAAAAAACCUUUGAAAAAUCUCUUCAGAUAUUUCUUGGCCCAGUCUUGACGUUUCAACUUGUGUUUCUUGUUCAGUGGUGGUCGGAUUUCAGCCUUCUUACUUUGGCCAUGUCUCUGAGCACUGAACACCUUGUACUUCUGGGCACUCCAGGUAGGUUGCAGUUCUGGAAUAUGACAGCACCGGAGGAUAAGCGGUUCCUGGUAGCUUUACGUUUGAGCUACCAAACAACACAUAAAGAAAGAAAAAAAAAGUUACAAAAACUAACAUUCCCUCAGAAGUCAACAAGCCAAAGAGAGAGAAAGAAAGAGAGAGAGAGAGAGUGUGUGUGUUUAUAUGUGGUGUAUCUUUAGAUAUGUGUGGAUAUAAAACAGUGGAAGUCUUUCUGUGAUCAUGAGGUUUAUAUGAGGUGAAUAAAUGUUGGUGCAGUUGAUCUUCAGGACGGCUGCAGCUUUAAUAACCUCUGCUUGUUGGAGUUUGAGAGUCUAAAGUUCACAUCGCCGCUCCUCUUCCUGGAUUAUACAAGAGCUGGAUUUCCCCUCCCUCGUCUCUCACACAGCACGCUCCACUCUGCACACUCACUUCCUUGUUCCCUCCCCUUCAGAUCUACAGUCUGAGUUUGGGUGUAACCACAGGUGCUGAGCUGAUCCUGCUGACUCACACAUGUUGUUGAGAUCAGAGCUCAGACUAGUUUGACUUCUGAGGAAAUAAAACUCACUCAGUCAGUCGUUGUUGACAGUGAGUGUUGAAAUGGCGCAGAAAGGAGUUGGUCUGGACCGUGAAUCUUUCUCUUGUUCCAUCUGUUUGGAUCUACUGAAGGAUCCGGUGACUGUUUCCUGUGGACACAGCUUCUGCAUGAGCUGUAUUCAAACCUACUGGGAUAAAGAGGAUGAGAAGAAGAUCUACAGCUGUCCUCAGUGCAGACAGACCUUCACACCGAGGCCUGUCCUGAUGAAAAGCACCCUGUUAGCAGGUUUAGUGGAGGAACUGAAGAAGAGCGGACUCCAAGCUGCUCCUGAUGAUCCCUCUGAUGCUGGACCUGAAGAUGUGGCCUGUGAUUUCUGCAGUGAGAGAAAACUGAAAGCUGUCAAGUCCUGUCUGCAAUGUCUGGCUUCUUACUGCCAGAUUCACCUCCAGCCUCAUUUUGAAUCACCAACAUUUAAGAAACACAAGCUGGUGGAGCCCUCCAAGAAGCUCCAGGAGAACAUCUGCUCUCGUCAUGAUGAGGUGAUGAAGAUGUUUUGCCGCACUGAUCAACAGUCUAUCUGUUCUCUCUGCUGUUGGGACCAACACAAAGGCCAUGACACAGUCUCAGCUGCAGCAGAAAGAGCUGAGAGGCAGAAAGAUCUGGAGGAGAGUCGAGAAAACAUCCAGCAGAGAAUCCAGGACAGAGAGGAAGAUGUGAAGCUGCUCCAACAGGAGGUGGAGGCUAUCAACAGCUCUGCUGAUAAAGCUGUGGAACACAGCCAGGAGAUCUUCAGCCAGCUGAUCCGUCUCAUGGAGAAACGCCGCUCUGACAUGGAGCAGCAGGUCAGAUCCCAGCAGGAACGUGAAGUGAGUCGAGUCAAAGAUCUUCAAGAGAAAUUGGAGCAGGAGAUCACUGAGCUGAAGAGGAAAGACGCUGAUCUGCAGAAGCUCUCACUCACAGAGGACCACAACCAGUUUCUGCACAGCUACCCCUCACUGUCAGGACCAGGUCAACCUGCAGACUCAUCCAGGAUCAACAUCCGUCCUCUGAGAUACUUUGAGGAGGUGACAGCAGCUGUGUCAGAGGUCAGAGAUAAACUCCAGGAUCUUCUGACAGAGACGUGGACAAACGUCUCACAGGCAGUGACUGAAGUGGAUGUUUUACUGUCAGAACCAGAAUCCAAGACCAGAGCUCGUUUCUUAAGAUAUUCACAGAGAAUCACACUGGAUCCAAACACAGCACACAGAUGUCUGUUAUUAUCUGAUGGAAACAGAAGAGCAACAUGUUCAUCUCAACAACAGUCUUAUCCUGAUCACCCAGACAGAUUCACUCAUUGUCUUCAGGUCCUGAGUAGAGAGAGUCUGACUGGACGUUGUUACUGGGAGGUGGAGUGUAGAGGGUACAGCGUUCUUGUAGCAGUCGCAUACAAGACUAUCAGCAGAGCAGGAGAAUCAGAUGAUUGUGUAUUUGGACUGAAUGACAAAUCUUGGAGGUUAGGCUGUUAUAAAGACAAGUAUGAAUUUGUGCACAACAAAGUCCGCACUCCUGUCUCAGGUCCUCAGUCCUCCAGAAUAGGAGUGUACCUGGAUCACAGAGCAGGUAUUCUGUCCUUCUACAGCGUCUCUGAAACCAUGACUCUCCUCCACAGAGUCCAGACCACAUUCACUCAGCCUCUACAUGCUGGACUGUGGUUAUACCAUGGAUUCUCUGCUGAGUUUAUUGAAGUGAAAUAAAGAGAAUUUUGAGUCAAUCAGACCAAAAACAUGUUAAUGAGAUCAUUGAACUCUUGAAAUGUUCUGGUUUGUAAAUGUUUGUGGAUCAGUCUCACCAAAAACUGUCAGUUUGUUUCUUCAUUUCAGCUUUUUCAUUCUUUUCCAAAGAGGCUGAUUUGGUCGCAGCUUUAAGGACAGUGAUUGUGGAUAACUUUCAUUGUAUUUCUCAUCUUGAAAAAUCUUCACUAAAGUUUGAUAACAACAACAUCAAGAUGAUCAUUUGUUCAAAUCACCUUCAUUUGUUGAAGAUGUUGAAGGUCUAAGACUUUAGAAGCACAAUCUUAUUUCCUGUCCCAAAUCCAACAGUCUAAAGUCUUUCCAGUCCGCCCCAAAAACACUUCCAAUGAUCUGUGCUUUCUCUGUUUGCUGAAUAUUUGUAUGAAUGUCAUUGAUGGAUAUUUCUGUCUGCUUCUGUUGGAUCAGUCUGUUUGUAAAGACAUCUAUAUUGACACCAUUGGUAGAUCAACAUGUUGUCAUGAGCUUUUCAAUUGUUGGUUUUUGAUUGUGUGGGUGAAAAAAAUUAAAAUCAUCAAACUGAGUCACUGAAAGCACCUCGAAUGUUUUUCUUUAUGGUUUAGUCCACCUGACAGCGACUGACGACAAGUGUAAUGUCAGUGAGACCAGACUGAAUGACCUGGGGGUUAGACAUCAGGCUGCCCAAAAAAGCAUAAAUCAGGGUUUCAAAAAAAGAGAGAGGAAAGAAAAAGAAAGAAGGCAGCUUCACCUCUACACUGUGUGCACAAUUAUUACGUAAGUUGUAUUUUUAAAGUAAAUUUUAUUUUUGAACAACUACAGUGCUCUCGAUCAAUCCAAAAUGUUAAUAAAACCUCAAACCGUGCACAAUUAAUGGGCAACUAUUAGUUUGCAGAAUUUUUAUGCAACUAAAUUAAAAAUGAAAAAUUUUCCAUCUCACUUUAACAAGUGAGAAUGAUAAACAAACAACUCAAUUUACAAAUAAAAAUUGUUGAAAUUUAAAAAAAAAAUAAUCAGUGACCAAUAUAACUACCCUUCUUUUCAAUAACAGUCAUAAGCCUUCCAUUCAUGGAGUCUUUUUAGUUUCUUGAUCUGUUGACGAUCAACUUUUUGUGUCGCAGCAACCAAAGCCUUCCAGACACUGUUCAGAGAGGUGUACUGUCUUCCUUCACUGUAAAUUUCCCGUUUAAGAAGGGCUCACAAGUUCUCAACAGGGUUUAGGUCAGGUGAAGAAGGAGGCCACGUCAUUAUUCUUUUGUUUUAAAGGCCUUUACUGGCAUGCCACAUAGUGGAGUACUUUGUUUCAUGCAGUGGAGCAUUGUCCUGCAUAAAAAUCAUGGUUACGUUUGAGUCUUCUCAAAUCUUUGGCAGUUAAUUUGCGUCUUUUUUUCUUAACACGUUCUUGUGACCCUGUUGACUAUUUGCAUCAAAUGUUUGAUGGUUCUGUGAUCACACCCAAAUAUCUAAGCAAUUUCAAGAGUGCUGCAUCCAUCUGAAACACCUUUUACAAUUUUUGACUUUUCAGAGUCACUUAAAUCUCUUUUUUGGCCCAUUUUACCUGAGGAAAAGAAGCUGCCUAAUAAUUAUGCACGCCUUGAUAUAGGAUGUUGAUCUCCUUAGGCCCCAGCCUCCCUCAUUACAUUAGUACACAUUACCUGAUCUGCUUAUAUCCAAUAAGCAUUCAAGUUUAUACAGCUUGGAGUUGGAAAAUAUGCAUAAAAAUGAUGAUAUGAUCAAAAUACUCACUUGCCUAAUAAUUGUGCACAUGGUGAAGAACAACCACCAAUACAGAAGUUUCUGACUUAGCCAAGUAAGGAAUUGUGGUGUCAAACAAGACAGUCUCUAGAAUCUUGAACAAAAAUGGACUGCGAGGAUGCAGGCCAAGAAAAACUCCACUUCUACAAAAGAGACACCUUCACGCCAGACUAAGGUCUGCUAAGGACAAUCUGGAGAAAGAUUGUUCAAACUGGAGACGUGUUCUUUGGUCAGAUGAGACCAAACUAGAGCUCUUUAGUCACAGAGACAUUGCUUAUGUUUGGAAAAAGAAGGGAGGGGCAUAUAACCCCAAGAACAGUUAAAGAGGGUGGUGGGAGUAUCAUGCUGUGGGGAUAUUUCAGUGCAUCUGGAACUGGGAAUCUUGUCAAGGUUGAAGGAAUAAUGAAGAAAAAAGGAUAUGUGAAGAUUUUGAAAGAAAAGCAAAUGACUGCAUGCUGUUAUCCUGCAAAAAGGACACACAAUUGACUAUCAGCCUCAGGGGGGCUAAUAAUUUUGACCGUGGUAGUUUUUGGUUUUUGUGGAAUAGUUUUGUUUCUGUGUGCAAAGUAAAAUAAUGUAAGGAUCCAAAAUAAAACUGGGAUGUUUGGAAAAGCUGUGUGAAAAAAAUCAUUAAUCUGUUGAACAGCACUUUGGAAAUUAUGGAAAAAAACUUCCAAUUUCAUAGGGGGGCUAAUAAUUUUUGCCACAACUGUAUUUUGAGAUUGGGAUUGUGAUCUGUGUUGUUUAAUUGAGAUUGAAAUCUGUUUUUGUUUGAGUGCAUAAUCUGUGUUCUGAUUUAAAAUCAAAUUCUGUGUUCUGAAAUGGGAUUAUAAUAUCCACUUUUACUUAAAACUAUAACUUGGCUCUGAAUGUGGAUUAUCAGGUGUGUUCUGGAACUAGAUUGUGAUCUGUUUUGCAAAUUCAGAUUACAUUUGGUGUACUGGAUUGGGAUUAUCUUCUUUGUUCUGGAUGAGGGUCCUUCUCUAUGCCUUUGAAUUGGAUCUAAAUAUUUGCAUGGAUUGGAAACAAUCUUUAAUCUGAAUUGUGAUGAUAAUCUGUGUUUGAUUUGUUCUGGAUUAUUAUUGUAGACUUGGUUCUGAAUUUGGAUCACAGUCUGUGUAAAUUGGGCUUUAUAUUUGUCUUGGAUUGGGCCAAUCUGUGUUCUGUAUUAGGAUAUACUAUGUGGGAUUUUAAUCUGUGUUUCCUGUGUCCAGGUUCCAGGUUCUGGUGUUUGCUGGAUAUUGUUCCUAUCAAGAACGAGAAGAGCGAAGUGGUUCUGUUCCUGGUUUCACACAAAGAUAUCACAGCGAACAAAGACCUGGACCACAACGAUGAGUCUGGAGCUGGUGAGAAUGAGGAUAAUUCAUAAUUUCUGAUUUACAUAAAAUAAUACUAAAGAGUCUCUGCGGUCGGGGUGUAAAUCUGUCUGCAGACAGUUGGGUGGAUAUGACGGAGGAGAAUUCAGAUUUGAUUCUUUUCCUCUCUCUCUUCGUGUCUCUGUUAUCACUUUUCUGUUUCAGAUGAGGAAACAGGUCUGCAGGUCCGCCCAGUCAGUCGUCCUCCGGGCUUUCACAGAGAGCGCCGUCGCAGUCGAGCCGUCCUUUACCAGCUGUCGGGACAUCUGCAGAGGCAAGACAAGAGCAAGAGCAAGCUGAAGAUUAACAAUGUGAGAGCAAUUCUUGUUCUAAACAGAAUCACUGAGAUGUAAAUAUUUUAGCAAAAAUAAGCCCCAUCCACAAGAAAAUAAGUUUCUUUUUCAGGUUUGUACUUUGGAAAUAAGACAGAGUGAAACUUCUGUUUAAGUAACUGUUGAUAAUGAAACUCAGGCUCACCACAAACAAAUGUACAGGAAGUUAUGAGAAAACAAAUGAAAUAAGGACCCUUUCUUAUCUACAGUGAAUCCGAGAGCCACCACAAAUCUGUUUGACUUGUCCUAACUAUUUGGGUCAUUCCAUGAAACCGGGGCCUCUUUAGCUUAGAAAAAAAUAAAAUUUAAAUUAUAUUUAAUUGUUAAUUUUUAAGUACCCAGGAAUCAAAAAAUGUUUAAAAUGGCAGGAAAUGAUAUAGUGCCAUCUCAGGCUGUGUUAUUUCAUAUUUUAUAACCGUUUUUCUCCUGGCUGUUUUUAUAAUCUUGUCAACCCUGUUACCGACAUAAACUUAACAAAAUACAAUAUUUCUAAUUAGAAAUAUGCAAUAUAUGGUACAUAUAUCAGCAGUACUUUAGUCUCUCUUUCCAUUGAGAUUAUUUUAUUUUGUGGAUUUUUUUUUCUCCAAUUAGAUAUUUGUCAUUCAGAUGAUCAAAUAUACACUAAUAUUGCAUGGCGAUCACAUGUCUCAACAUAUAUCAGAUAUUUUUUAGAAGAGAAAUGUUGAAAAAUGGCCCAGUCUAAAAAAUAAUGUAAGUUUAAUUAUAAUGGUAAGUGUUAAAAGACCAUUUGAGUUGUCAUUUUUUACAUUUUUAUCAAAUUAAUGACAACAACAGGAUUGACGUCAUGGUAACAGGGCUGACAAGAGUAAAAGUAACCGGACACAAAGUAACUGGCUCUCAACCAGUGUAUCAAUCAAACAAUCAAUCAAAAAAUAAUUAUUAUCUCAAUAAUGUUCACGUGAUGACCUAAAAAUGUUUUAAUUUUAAAAGGUUAACCUUUAAAGAGAGUACAACGAGGGUAAACACUAUUCUUUGUCAUCCCUGUGACUCACAUGUCAAAUCCUGUUACUGUGGAAAGGUAACAGGGUUGACCAUUUUAAGCUAAGCUACCUGCGGCUAUCUUAAAAAAGUGCUAUGUUAAGUGCAAGCUAGGUAGUUUGAAAGGUAAUUACUUGUAGAUAUUGAUUAUAUUUUGAGAAACUGAAAUAGUUUAGGUUUAUAUGUUAAAAAGUGGUAACAGGGUUGAGGUUGUAUGCUUCUCCCCUCUGGUUAAACCUUGAAAAAACAUCAAAAAUAGCACAUCAGAGAUGAGAGACACUUCAUUGUCACUGAGCUGUUAGCAUCCUGGUUUAGAGAGGAGCAACCUCCUGUCAAUCAUGCCAAAUCUGGAAUGUUUUUUAGUUAGGGUAACAGGGUUGACAUGAAAUCAGGGGACGCCGAUAAAUUGGUAAAUAUUGGUCCUGUAUACGUACAGCAAUAGUAGUGAGGGACAGGCCAAAAACCUCACCCUCAUCAGCAUAAAAGUAAUUUUAAUUAUUUUAAAUGAUAUUUAAUUGACUUUAAUUUGAUGUUGUAUUAAGGAGAGAAGACAUGGCCGUGUUAUAUUUUUAAAUUACAUAUUAAUUUGUUGUUAUAAUUUUAUGAAUGAUUUCUAUUUGGGGACACAAAAGGCACAGAUUUCAUGGAAUGACCCUUUUACAGUGAAAUGCAAAACAACCUGAAUGAACAGGGAGCCUCUAUUUAAGUAACUGAUGCUGUUGUUGGGAUGUGAUGAGCCAAGAAAGGACUUUUUGUUUUGCAGACAUAUUUGGAGGUUGAGUGUCUCUUCUUUUAUGAUCUCUCUCAGAGAAUAGCAGCAAGGCUCAGCAUAUCUGAUCAGUUCAAGUAUUAUUUAUCACAGAGUGUUCUUGGAGCCAAUGCAACCCCAAUCCCAGAGUACAAGGUGGCCGACAUCCAGAAGUCCCGCUUCAUCUUGCUUCACUACGGCGCGUUCAAGGCUGGCUGGGACUGGCUGAUUCUGCUGGCAACUUUCUACGUGGCAGUGACAGUGCCGUAUAACGUCUGCUUCGCAACGGUGGAGGUCAGAGAAGAUGGAGGGUCUGCGGCUAGAAACCCUCCCAGUGUGAGUGAUAUCCUGGUGGAGAUCCUCUUCAUCAUGGGUGAGGAUGAACCCACAGGGUUUAUCACUUUGAUUUAUGUGUGUUUACCUUCAAUCACAGCUUCAGAUUUCAGACGAGGUCCUCCUAACUUAAAAGUAAAUCCUUAAAAGAGAGCGCAGUGAUUUUCUCUGGAGGGUCAGUAGUUUCUGGAGCUGCUGAGAGUUAAUAAACAAAUGCUACUGAGAGAGGAGUAGUUACUUCAUGAUCUUUAUCUCCACAUUUGUUGCUGGGGUUGGAGUUUUCUGCAGUAGCAUUGAUGUUUUUCUAAUAGUUUCCAGCUCAGAGGAGCUCACAGCUACUGCCCAGGUAACAGGUUAUAGAAAAAAACAGGUAUGAGGAUCUUUACAGGCCCUCCCAAUAGGAAGAUAGAACAACUGCAGCUCUUGGAAAAAAAAAACAGGAACAAUCAUCAAUCUUUGAAACACUAAUACUCAAUACAAAAAAAGUGGGAAUCAGUGGAGAAAGGGGUUUAUUGUGAAUGCAGAUUAUUUUAUUUUUUGUUCUUAUUAUGAAUUUUAUAUUCUUAUUUGAAUAUGUGCCACUUAGAACCAGUUAAGUCGAGAAUUUUUUUUUCAUGCAAGAAGUAAUGAUGGUUCUGUUGGGAAAGCAACUGCAAAUGUGGAGAAACCUAUAGCAGGCAGAUCACAUCUCCACUUUGUUUCAUGUGCACAGAUGAAAAACCAAGGCGGGGAGAGCAGCAGCAAAGAUCCUGAGGGGGAAUCAGCAGUAUGGCUCUAUUCUGAGAGCUUCCUGCCCUUCCACGUGUAAAUGUGGAGUGCUAAAGCCUGAGGCAGGAAAAGCACACCUGCCAUCUUGUUUCAUGUGCUUUCAUGAAAAAUCAAGGCAGGGAGAGCAGCAGCAAGGAUCCUGAGGGGUACAAAACAGAGCAGCAUCAGUGCCAAACCAUAAGACUCUAACAUCAGUCACAACAAGCACAUAAAAAAAUGUGGGGAGAGCAGCAGCAAGGCCAUUUGCAGAAGAAGUGGGUCGGCAGGAUAAAGCAGCUUAGAUGUGUACUAUUUAUUUUUUGUGCCUCAGACAUCCUAUCAAAUUUGGUUCCUUUAGUGAACAGACGUGUCUGCUGUGUUUGUGUUUAUGUUUCAGACAUCGUGUUGAACUUUCGUACGACCUUUGUGAGCUCAUCAGGUCAGGUGGUGUACGACUCUCGCUCCAUCUGCGUUCAUUACGUCACUUCCUGGCUGUUCGUGGACCUGAUGGCUGCUCUGCCCUUUGACCUCUUGUACGCCUUCAACAUCAGCGUGGUGAGCGAACACAUAUAUACACACACGUCUGUGAAAAGUUAAAUCUUCCCUGUUUUCCUAAAAUCCUCCAUCCUGCUCGCUUUAUUUUCUGUCGUAGCUCCAUCAUUGAAGUAAGCAACAGUUAGCGGGUAAUUCAUCUGGUUAAUCUGAUAAAUGAGCUCACUGAUGAUGGAUUAAAAGUGAAGGCAGGUAAAUCAGUGGAAAGUGUGAGGGUCUGAAGGAUCAAGAUGAUGGAGGGAUAAAGUUCCUCUUACUUUUUUGGAGGGCGCUUUUUGUUGUUUGUGUAGAAAUUAAAGUAAAAACAUGAGAAAUGACAUGGGAUGCUAAAGUAGAUCUUCAGUGAGAGACUAUAGCUGCUUCAUUUUCAGGUGACGGCCAGAGUUUCUCCUCUGCUGUUGGCAUUUUUCAUACUUGCUGAGACAUAUUUCUUUAAAUCUUCCUCCCUUGUAACUCUAAACUCUGAACACAAAACUUGAGAUUUGAACUCUUCUCACAAAACUUUUUUUGAACCAAACACUUACAUCAGAACAGUUUUACCUCAUCACACACACGCAGCAGAAAGAAGAGAAGCUGACAUGAACAUACUUCUGCACAAGGUCGAACAGUGCUGCAGAAAUGAUUGAUUUUUGAGACAAUCGUGAGAUAGUAAGGUUUAUCACAACGGUUAUACAUAGGACGCGUUCACACCACCCUCGUUUAAUCCGGUCGAACCAAAACGGUUCGUUUGGGUCGGUGUGAACGCUGACCUCGAACCAAAUAAACGAACUCUGGUCCGCCUGAAGAGGUGGUCUCAGACCGCUAUCAAGUGAUCUCUGGAGCGGUUCAUUUCUGGUGUGAAGGUCAUCCACACCAAUCACAGGAAACGCAUUACACACGUCAUUUCCUACAUCUAGGCUAUUUGUAAUGCUGGUUGUGAAAUAAAUGUUGUCCGCUCACCUCACUUGUCCUGAUUGACAAGAAAACACAUUGUGCUAGGCUUUCAUUAAUGCCUGUCGCCGUCUCGUCUUUGUCCGUCUGUUGUUUGCAGCACGUCUACUCUGGGAUGUAUUAAUUAAUGCUGCAGUUCGCGCUCACUGGCUAACGAGCCGUUCUUACACGCAAUCGACUAGCGUCUUUUGAUACCACUCCAGAUGAGUAGCAAAAGCAAAAUCAGCCUACGAUGCUCCAUGACAGGCGAAGACAGCAGAGCGGGGUUUGUAUUCCCACAUAAACUAAUGACCAAUAACCGAAGGAUAUUCGCGGUCACGUGACCUCCGGGUCCGUUUUCUGGAGCGACUGAGUUUGUCCUUUGUGAACGCAAACCGGACCAGUUAAACAAUCAAAACAAAUGUAUAGUCUUGCCUUGGAUUCAAAUCAGGAAAUGGACCUUUAGGUGUGAACACGAUUUUAGCUCUUGACCGGGUGGUCUACCUCCUUUUUAAGCGCCCGUUAUUCCGCCAGAGUCUCCGGUAUUUAGUUUGUUUUCUUGCUUGUGUUGGCAGUCGUAGUUAAAGGAGGAUUCAGACAAUUUUAUAUACUUUCUGGUCUGUUUCUACAGUCUGAUAUUGUUGAACGCUAACUUUGUUUGGGCUCAUGAACAUUAUUCGAAGAUAUGGAGCAGCGUCCGCCUCACAACCAAUCAGGUUGGAGGAGGUGGAGAACGGCUUUGUUUACAGUCAGAAGAGCAGGCCGCUCUGAAAUUUUUAAAUGUUGACUAAACAGACGUAACAAAACACAGCGAUAUUGUGAUAUUACCAAAUGUCAUCAAUAACUAAUAGCUAUUGACUGAUAUUAAAAGCUUUUUUGUAAAUACACCAUAAAAAAAGAUGCUACUUUAAUGGAUUACUGCCUACCCCACCUUUAAGUUAGAUUUCCUAAAAAAUAUAUCUGAAGAGCAAAAGCUUCUGCACACCUGGACGGGUGCACAGGUAUGAGGGUGACAGUCAAACACAAGAAGAUUCCUCUGCAUAAUCUCUGCAUCUCCUAUUGUACCAUUCCAGUGAAGAUCCUGUUCCAGAGCCUCCUUUACUGUAAAUGCCACACUCCUACUGUCUCAGGACGGCUAUGGUCACAAACUGCACCCUCCUUUUUAACUCAAUAUUUAUUAAGAGAUGUGCCAGGGUGAGGACAUGUUCUUUUUUUGGUGUGCAGUCCAUUUUCCUCAGAGGUCUGAGCUUUAAAGCUUUAAUAAUGAAUCAGCCUUUCAUUCUCCUCCACUGUGUCCAGCCGUGUGCCGAGUUUGGGGAUAAUCCUUCAAUCACUUCUUUGUGAUUGCUUUGUGAGGUGUCUUCGGAUCAUGUCUGGAGGGAUCAGGCUCAGGUGCUCCUUGUGGAGAUCUCUGAAAAUCAUGUAAUUUAUAAUCUCGGUAUAAUCUGAAUUACCCGGUCCAGAGAUCAGGAUUCAGCUUCCCGCUGUCUCCAACAUGCCAGCUACACUAGCACAAGCUCGCCACCAAACUCGCUUUCAUGUCUUCUUGUCUCAGACUAACUUUGACGACAGAGGAGCUUCUUCUUCUUCUUCUUCUUCUUCUUCUCCAUCUUCUUCUAGUCCUGUUUGCCGUCUCACAGCCCAUCAUCACUCAGGCUGAUUAAACUCCGGCUGUGCUCAAGUAGUUUCUAAUUAACGCGCCUCCUGUCUCCUGAUGGUAAACUUUCAGGAUUAAACCUGAGAUCUGGUUUGAAUUCACGCCUAAAUUGAAGCUCCUCAUAAGGAACUAAUCCCGAUGAUCUGCAGCUUUAUAUCUCUCAUCUUUAAAUGACUCCCUCUCUCUCCCCCUCCUCUCUCUCUCUCUUUGCUCCUGCAGAACUUUGGGGUGCACCUCCUGAAAACAGUACGUCUACUGCGCCUCCUGCGUCUUCUGCAGAAGCUGGACCGGUACUCUCAGUAUAGCGCCGUGGUCCUCACCCUGCUCAUGUCCACCUUUGCCCUGCUGGCUCACUGGAUGGCGUGUGUCUGGUACUUCAUUGGACGCAGCGAGAUUGAGAGAAAUAGCCCCGCCUCUUGGGAUAUUGGUGUGUAGAAAUAUGACCUCCAUAAGACAGAAAGUUUAGUUUAAGUCUGUAGCCCCAGAACCAGGAUAAAAGUGUGACCGUUCAUCAGGUGUGUGUUUGCUCCUCCAAACGUAUUCCCUUUUCUUCCUUAGGCUGGCUCCAUGAACUCGCCAAACGUCUGGGCACGCCGUAUUUCCUUUCACCUUUGACGUCCCUGUUUGGAGUCUCUGAUUUGCCUCCGGUUCCCAUGACAAUAGGACUAACCAAUCACAGCCAGCUGAAUGGGUCAGAACCCCUGAGUGGGGUCUCCGGGUUUCAGUGGAACAGCAGCAGGACCAGAGGAAGGACUCUGAACGGGUCGGGGUCAACUCUGAGUGGCGGUCCGUCCAUCAGGAGCUCAUAUGUGACAUCACUGUACUUCGCUCUGAGCAGUCUGACCAGCGUCGGCUUCGGAAAUGUGUCGGCAAACACCGACUCUGAGAAAAUCUUCUCCAUCUGCACCAUGCUCAUUGGAGGUUGGUCUCUACCAAAUGAUGCCAUCAGAUGUAGAAAAACAAGGCAAAUACAACAAUGAAGUGUUAGUUCAGGCAGGCAUGUAGUCGAGCUCCGCCCACAGAUUACCUUCUACCAUCAAAUUGUCAACCAUGAAAACGUGCACAAUAUUUAAACAUAGGACUGGGUGAUUAUAUGAUCAGGAUAAAUUUCAGUUUGAUCACGGUGAUCAGCUGUGUGCAUAUUUACUCGAACAAACAUGGCGAAAAUGUGCGUCACAACAGCCAAUCAGAGUCGAGCUUUUACUGCUCACUUCUGUACGUUGCCGGACAAGUAAACAGAGUAACUGAACGUGGAGCUGAGGGCAGUAAAAUGGAUGUCAGCCAUGACUUUGGGAUAAUAAUCGAGAUCGGACGAUAUGACAAAAUAUAUCGUGAUCUUUUUGGCCAAACCGCCCAGGCCUAUUUAAACAUCUUAAGCAUGCACACUCUUCCUUCUUCCUCUGCAAACAGCUCUGCCGUUCUUCUCCCCGCCCCUACCCCAGGCGCCACCUUUUAUGCUGUGUCUGAAUUUACCAAGGUCAUAUGGUUCAUUACUGAUGCUGCUCUGCUUUGUACCUCUGUGUCUUUGCUGCUGUCCCUGCCCUGGCUUUUUAUGCAUGCAUAUAAAACAGAAAGACAGUGUGCUCUCCCCACCUAAGGUUGUGUCAUUCUUUAUACAAAUGGACCAUACCACUGGCUUGGUAAGCAAAUACCUAUUUGCUUAGAAAUAUUUAUUUUGUUUGGUUAAAGUGGCCCAGACUAAAGGUCCUUACACACCGGGGCCGACGCGAAUAUAGAACGCGAAAUUACGAAAUAUUUGGGGGAGAAUUUUGACGAGCCUGACUAUACACAUCAAGCCCGUUGCGAUUUUUGCGACUUUCCGGGGGUAAAAGAUGCAUACCGGAGAAGACUUUUCCCAGGGAAAGUCCCGCCUCCUUUGCCUCUGAUUGGCUAGAAAAGCUGGAAAUGUCAUCACACGCUAAAGUUAAACGGUCAGCACUUAUAGCCAAUCAGAGGCGACAAGAUAAGAUAAGACAACCGUUAGCUUAGGGUAGCACAGAUGAAAGUUAAAACAAAGACGUUUAGCAAACUGUUAAAGCACACCAACUAUCGUCAUAUGAGAAAUCCGACGCCAUGACUCUCCACAAGUUGUCCUCAUUCUCUUUGUAAUAUUUGUGUCCCUUUUUAAAAAGCACUCUGUUCUCCGACACGUAAACAACCAGACGGUCGAUCAUGUUGGAAAUACUGGUGAAUCUAACGCCGCAACAACACACAAUCUGAUUGGUCAGAAGUGGACACACAGUAUGCGAAACUUUAGAAAAAUUGGCCACGAUCCGAAAAAAAUAAAUGCCGCAAUAUCGCAUGAUGGGAAAACAUCGCUGAUGUGAAUGCUUGUAUUGACAGGAUACGGGUUAGAAAAAAGUGUUGACGUCAAAAAUAAUCGCAUGACAAAAAUUUUCCCAGUGUCAAAGGACCUUAAAGUGGGAUAAAACUGUAGUUCCUGGAGUGUCCACUUGAGGCUUUGUCCAAAAGUGAGUCAAUCCCGUAGACUGUAUAUAGAAUGGACGCCGUCUGCCUCCUCGCUGGGUGAAGCCACUCUGAGAACAGCUCUGGUGACAGGCUGCAGUAAAGCUCAUAAAUCCCGCCUCCUCCAGCAAUCCCUAUGGAGUUCUGGACAAACGUUUGAAAUUUUAUUACACAGAAAAUAUAUUUUUUUCCCACCUCGUUGCGAUGUUGACAUGAAGUUACUGUGCGACUAAUUUGUGCUCAAGUCCUUUUUUUCUGUGCAGCUCCAUUUUUAAAAGUUAUUAGGGGGUUCAUGCUUUCUAUGAUUGACACUUGAUACAGCCUAUGGGCGUACGAAGAUUGCAUCACUCACCAGUGGGAUACACUGUUUGAGCCAAGCGUCAUCACAGUGACUCUCAGAGAAUCUCCCGCUGAAUGCAUACAAUCCUGCUGCGCAAGUAGUGACGCGUGUACGAUGCUACUGUGCAAUGUUGGUUUUAGGGAACAGAGAAAAAUCGUUGAAAUGCCAAGAGCUUUACCACAGACCUGAACAUGUUUACAACCUGGAUACAAAAAUAAGCAUUUCUGGUCAAUAUCGGUUCUUACACAUACUUUUUACAGUGAGAGUCACCCCCUACUGGACAUUAGAGAGAGUACAGGUGAACAAAACAUGUUUUUUCUCCAGUUAAGAAACUACAGCCAAAAAUAAGCUCAGCUCAAACCUAUAAUGUUUGUUUAUUUCAAGUAGAUGGCAGCACUGUUAGGUAUUGUCUUUCUUAAAGCCACAGUAGCACAUCGUUGGCAAACAAGUUGAGUCUGAUGAAAAAAUACUGCAGAAAUAUGGAGUUAAAACAGAUUAGUUUGGUUAAACCAGGAUCAUUUAGAAAGCAGAUACAGAAACAACCAAACAGAGCUGUUCUAAUGUCAGAAAUCUGCUGUCCCUGGAGUCUCCUCUACAGAUUUGAUCAUAACCUCAGUUUUCCUCCAAAUUUGACCGUCAGACUUUUACUGCUACAAACUGACACUUCUCUCCACCCCUCUCUUUGUCCCUCUGCAGCCCUGAUGCACGCUGUGGUGUUCGGGAACGUGACCGCCAUCAUUCAGAGGAUGUACUCCCGCCGCUCGCUCUAUCACACUCGAACCAAAGACCUGAAGGACUUCAUCAGAGUUCACCGGCUGCCCAAAGCCCUCGAGCAACGCAUGAUGGAGUGUUUCCAAACCACCUGGGCCGUGAACAACGGCAUCGACGUCAGCGAGGUACGAAGGGGAGACCUUCUGUGCCUGUCUGUGAAAUUUAGAGGGUGAAACGGUCAGUUUAACCUCUAACUCUGGAAACUUGUCAACUUUAGCUUUGGAACAGGCCUCUCUCUGCUCCUGUGAGACAUCAGAUUGGGAUUUUUACCUCUUGUUUGUAAAGUCUGUAGGUUUGUGCAGAUGGUUGACAUAGUCCAGGCUGAGAGAUAUUUGGUCCUCCAAGUGCUCAGAUUGAUCGUUAAGCUUCAUUUCACGAGACGAGGUUCGAGUCUGAGUGUAGAGACAAAGAUCCUCACAGAAGGUGUUUUCUGGUCAUGCAUGAUGUCUCAGUUUAUGUGGGAGGUGAAAGGUUUCAUUUGUCUGUGAGCUCACCUUCCCACACUGUCAGUCACAUGACCACACACGAAAGAUGGAGGACAGAGAGAAGUCUGGAGUGAGAUCAGAUCAGUGUCAGAGAGGUUCAUGUGUUGGAUCACUAAAGUGUCUCUGCUCCUUAUUUAGAGGAGGAUAAAUCAAUUAGAAACUGAUCACCCUCGGAUAGACUGUGGUUACUCAGAGCUGGAUAUCAGUCACCCUGAACAGGGUUACUAAAGGUCAUUCUCUCACGCUGUGGUUACCCACUGAGCUCUUUCCUUCCUCCUCUUUUUAUCUUUCUUUUUCUUUUGUUUCGUUCAUAUUGCACCUCAUCCUCUCUCUUUUCGUCCUGUCAUUCUUUUUCCUCCUCUCUCACUGUCACUUCCUCAUCUUCUUCACUGUCCACCUCCUGCUCCUUGAUUUACUUAUUGUUCUCCCUCCUCUUUCUUCCCACCUCACCCUAAAUACCUCCUUUUCUUUUCCUGUUCUUUCUCCUUCUCUUUCUUCCUCGCCUUCUCCCAUCCCCCUCUGCUGCUAUCUUCUAUUCCUCCUCUUUGUCCUUCUUUGUCCUUCCUCUUCCACCUGCUAUCUCUUUUCCUUUUCUUCCUCUCUCCGCCUCUUUUCCUCUUCUAUUCUCUCCUUCCUUCUGACAUUGUUGUUUCUCCUCUUCAUUCUUUAUUCCUUUUCUUCAAAUUUUCCCACUCUUCAAAAAAACUCUUCUUUCUGUGUCAGCCUGUUUUCUUUGUCUUUUAUCUCCUCUUCUUAUUUUUUAACUUUUCUUCAACUCUUCUUUCGCCUUCUCUUUCUUCCUUCUUUUUCAGUUUGCUUCCCCCUUCUUUCUUUUCCUCCUUUUCUAUUUUUCUUUCUACCCUCUUGUCCUCUUACUCUCUGCAUCUACUUUCUUCCUCGUCCUUCCGCCAUCCUUCUCCUCCUCCUCAUCUUCCCAUUAUCUCCCUCCCCCAUCCUCCCUGCUCCACCGUUCUCCUUUAUUAACAUCCUCCUCUUGAUCUUUCUGGCUCCUUGUCCUUUUCUUCCCCCUCCUCCUCCUCCUCCUCCUCUUCCUCCAGCUGCUGAAGGACUUUCCUGAUGAGCUGCGUGCCGACAUCGCGAUGCACCUGAACCAAGAGCUGCUGCAGCUGCCGCUCUUUGAGUCGGCCAGUAGGGGGUGUCUGCGCUCCCUCUCGCUCAUCAUCAGGACCUCCUUCUGCGCUCCUGGGGAGUUCCUCAUCCGACAGGGAGAUGCGCUGCAGGCCAUUUACUUUGUCUGCUCGGGCUCCAUGGAAGUGUUGAAGGACAAUACUGUGCUCGCCAUCCUUGGUAACUAUGACCCUUUACUUUAUAAAUCUGUGACUGGAUAUAAUCCUCCUGGCUUCAAUGUGGAGUUAAGCCUUACAGGUUUGCUUUAAUGGAACUGAAAUGAAAAGAUUUAACAGCUAUACAAUAACAACUGCAAUGAAACGUCAGAGUGAUGGAACAUAUUGGUACCCUGACUCUGACUGAUAUCCUGUUAUUUCAAAAAGCAUAAAAACAUAAUAGAGUUGGUCGCUACACAGCCUGAGAGAAAGUAGCUCUAAGGUUCAGCGCCACAGACAGCUCCAUUCCCCUGAUACAAGACUCCAAUGCUUCAGAUAAUACCAUAGACUGUAUAUGAAAUGGACGCCGUCUGCCUCUUUGCUUGGUGAAGCCACCGUGGGAACAGCACCCUCUGGUGACGGGCUGCAGUAUAGGUCAUAGGUUGAUGCACCUGACUAUACACAUCAAGAAAAAAAGUCGCGUCCCGGGUGGAAGCGAGAAGACUGACACAACAACAGACUGACUGUUUUUCAGUUCUGAUUAGACACUAGUGUUGAGAUGUCUGUCUGUCAUGAUAGCAUGUACUGAGUCGGGGCCAGUACCAGAUAAGCACAUUAAACUAUAAUCUAUAAACGUAAAGUAACAACCGAGACCUCAUGGUGCUGUGACAGCAACGCAAUUGAGUUUGAGAAAGUGAAAAUACAUAUGGUAUGUUGUAUCUGAACAGGUUAGCUUACCAGCUAAAGUUACUUAGCACAGAUGAAAGUUAAAACAGAGGCGUUUAUCAAACUGUUAAAGCACACAAACCAUCGUCAUAUGAGAGAUCCAACGCUAUGACUUUCCACAAGUUGUCCUUCAGGUCGUUUUUUAUCAAAAAUCACUCUGUGCUCCGACACGUGAACAAUCAGCCAGUCGGCCAUGUUGGAUAUACCGGUGAAUCUGACGUCGCAACAACACACAAUCUGAUUGGUCAGAAGUGAACACACAGUAUGCGAAACUUUAGAAAAAUCAACCUUGAUCUGAAAAAAUAAAUGCCGCAAUAUCGCAGAACGGGAAAACGUCGCUGAUGUGAACACUUGUAUUGACAGGAUACGGGUUCGAAGAAAAUAUUGAUGUCCGAAAAAGUUGCACGUAAAAAAACGGUCCCAUUGUCAGAAAGACCUUAAGACUGGUUUGUGCUAAAGUCCCUCUUUUCUGUGCAGCUCCAUUUCAAAAAUGGAGAACCAAGUUGUCCAUGAUAUAUACAGUUUAUUGAUAAUACUGCAUUACAAUUCUUAAAGUGGGAUCCCUCCAUCACUUACCAAUCUAUCUACACAUCACUCCAAUGUCCAGCCACCCAUCUCUCCAUCCAACCAUUCAUUUAUCCAUCAGACUAUCCACUCAUCCAUCCAUCCAUCCAUCCAUCCAUCCAACCGCAACUUACUUUACAUCCAUCCCUCCAUCAGAUGAGCCAUUCAUCCAUCCUUCCACUGGUACAUCUUUUUAGGCAUCCUACCAUUUAUCCCUCCAUGAAUAAUCACCCUCUUUACUUCUUUUUGCCCAACAGACCAAAUCCAUCCAUCCAUCCAGCCAGCCAUCCAUCUGUCCCACACAUUAUCCAUCUGUGUUUCUAUCCCGAUCCAUCCAUCCCGACAUCUAUCCAUCUCUCUGGACCUUCAUUUGUAUAGGAACACUGACAUCAUUGGGAAAAAUCUAAUUUCUGGCCAUUGUUUCUGAGUGAUGACUUUAUGUGUGUUGAAUAACGGCGUGACAACGACUGUUCAAGAGGUUUCUGUCCUGGGUUCCAGUCUGGCCUGGAGUAGUGUGAGUGUAGGCCAACAGGAGACUGCUUUAACCACAUCACAGGACAGGUGAGCUUGGUGUGGUUUGCGCUUUAGGGAUUGUGGGGAUACUGAUCUUUAAUUGGGUUCCAGUCAGUUAUUCGAAAAGGAAAAACAAUUUAGCUUUAAAACAAAGAGCUUUAAUUAAAGAGAUGAACUAAAACCUUAAAUCAAAAAAGCAAUUAAAAGUAGACACCUCCGCCACUUGAACGAAUCAGGUCUAAAAGGUUCAGGUAGAGGUUUGUGACUGAUUAAAACUUUGGGUUUAAAAUUCAUUCAACACAUCUGAAUGAGACCUAAUGUGAUUUUCAAAAAAAUUAAAUUGAAAUAGCCUAAUUAGCUAGUUACGGUUAGAAGUAAAUCAGAAAGAGUAAAGGUUACAGCAGUUUUCUUGUGGUUAAAAUGUACAGAAUGGUUGUAAUCACAGUGAGCAGAAUAUGGGAGAGAGCUGCACGCACAAAGGACAUAAUUAUACAUCCAGUGAUUAAUGAAGAGCAGCAUUAUGGAGACCAUCAGAGAACAGAAAAAUCCUAAAAGUUUCAUCCUGAUGAGUCCCAGUGAACAGUGACAGUCCAUCAGAGGACAGAUGGAGGGAGGAGCAGCUGAGAAUCCUCCUGUUUACCCCAAACAGAACAAACUGAAAACAACAAGAAGCUGGAUGAAGUCAUGCCAACAGAUGUGCUCAUGUUUUCAGGUCGGGGUGAUCUGAUUGGCUGUGACUGUCUGACCCAAGAGGAAGUGAUAAAGACAAACGCAUGUGUGAAGGCGCUAACAUACUGUGACCUUCAGUUCAUCGGUCUGAGAGGACUGAGGGAGGUCCUGAGCCUGUACCCAGACUACACCCACAAGUUUAUCUCAGAGAUCCAGCAUGACCUCACCUACAACCUGAGAGACACACACCAGGUAAGAAUAACCUGCGAGACACCUUCUAGGUAACAUCCGGGGUCCAUUCUGACCAGAUCCAGGUUAAACAGAUCACAGAUGAUUCCCAGCAAGUACUAACCUGGUUUGGAAUUUUGUUAAAAAUUUUUGUGAAAUUAUGGGAACAUAGAAGAGGAGAUGAUUGUGGCGGCUAGGGCUGCGCGAUUAAUCGAUUUUCGCAGAUUACUUGAUCAUGACGUUAAAAUGAUAUUGAAAAUUAAAAUCGUCAAAUUGAUUUUCCUCUCCCUUAUGUCUCGCGCCUCCAGGCCACCGUAGGCUCCCCCUUCCUGCUGCAGCGCCCCCCAGUUUCCACACACACCAGUGUAAACAAACAUGGCGUUUGCAAAAGAAGGCGAUAAUUUUGUGGCUAAAUAGGGAAGGAGCAGGUCAGUUAUGUGGAACUGGUAGGACUUCACAGUUUCGGAUGAAGAGCAAACCACUUCCGGCUGCAAAGUCUAUCUAAAGGCGGUAUCAGCCCGUCCACAUGCGAACUAAUUCAGGAGUAAACGCAAAAGUUUUUUGUCAUAUCAGCAUUUCAUCCGCAUGGAAACAGCAUUUCCGCGUAUCUCUUUAUGGCGCCUGCACGUGUCCGCCCAAAACAAACUUUAUACACAUGCUCUGUACUCUUCUUCUGUCUUUGGUGCAUUUCGUCUGCAGCGUUACAGCGCCACGUAAUGGCUUGGGAUAAGCACUACAUCGUUUUCAGUGGUUUCGUUUUGAGAGAUGACGUAAAACUUAUAAAAGUGAAGUUUGGUGAAGUCACUGAAUAAAAAAAUUUAAAGUCGGGGUGUCAGAGAAAAAAAUCAGGAUUUUAUUUUUGGCCAAAAUCGUGCAGCCCCAUUGACAGCUUUUUUUUUUUUUUUUUUUUUUGAAGUAACUUUGCAGAAGAAAGUGAAACCCAGUUUACAGAAAGAUGUUAUUUCAAUGCUGUCUAGACAGACGGCCAUUUGUGGAUUGUGUGGUUACACAAUUCAGGCUCAGAGUCAUGGCAAACAAGGGCGCUUUAAAUCUUUUCUUCAGAAUUCAGUCUGCAACACUUUGGUUCAAAGAAUAAAUGACUUGCAUGCAGAAGUUCUAUUUGGUGAAAUGGCUCCAUUCUCAGAGCUUCCUGCCUUUUCAUGAAAUGCCGAGCCUGCGGCAGGGAGAGCACAGUUCUCUUAUCUUUAUGUGCGUACAUGCAAAUUCAAGGCAGGGAGAAACAAACCUAACCAGAGCAGUAUCAGUAACAGUCCAAAUGAUACUAAUUUAAUCAGACACAGAAUAAAAAGGAGGAGCUGGGGUGGAGGCGGGGAGAGCAGCAGCUGUAGAGCAGAGCGGAUAUCAGUGACAGUUCAUAUGACACUGGUGAAACACUCAGUCUUUCUGAUGGGUCACACUUGGACUCUUUGAUUGUUCACACUCGGACUCUGAUGGUUCACACUUAAAAAGAUGGGCCAUCUGUGGUCGUUGAAGAGCUGCCACGAAGCCGACACUUAGAGUUUCACUCAGACAAUCUCAGCUGUGUUUUUCACAUGAAUGACCAGAUUAUUCUGCAGAUUACUGCGGCACAUUUCACCCUGAGUAAAACUAAUUAGAGCAGAAAUCACAGAGAAAUAUCCGAGGAUCAGGCACAUUCAGUUAGCAAAUAUUACAUCCAUUUAUGUGUCAUGACUGUUCUUUGUGCACUUCACUUUAGACUGUAGGAUUUGUGAUUUUUAGACAUAAUUUUAUAGGCAGGCUUUCAAUUUAAACAGCAGCUCUAAUCAAAAGGAAAUAGAUACCAGAAUAGAUAUCAAGUCCAGUCCUGGAGGCCCACUGUCCUGCAUGUUUUGGAUGUUUCCCUGCUCCAACACAUCUGAUUCAAAUGAUCAGCUCGUUAUCAAGCUCUGUUGGUUUAAUAACGAGCUGAUCAUUUGAAUCAGGUGUGUUGGAGCAGGGAAACAUCCAAAACAUGCAGGACAGUGGGCCUCCAGGACUGGACUUGAGAACCACUGAGUUAAGACAUGCCUUCAUAUCCCAACAGUCGUCAAGGAUCCAAUUCUCUGCCCAAAAGUUUAAAAAGAAAAAAAAAAUGUCUUCCGUAGCUUCCUCAGGACUGUGACAGGGAUGGUUGUUUACCUGUGCAAACACAUACUACUCACUUUUUGAAACACAUCCUCUAAUUACCUUCAUUUUUACUAACAAAGUUUUAUAACUUCCACUCCCGAAACCUUUUCCUGAAGUGAUGGAUGGCUAGUUUAGAGUUCUGAGUGAAAAAUGAUGAAUUUCUGCUGAACGAAAAUGAAGUUUCACACCAAGUUUUUACCAAAUUUAACUGAAACAAAUAAGGUCACUUGGUAAUUGAUCAUGUAAUUACGAAAUUCAUACCCUUUCUGUUUGUCUGCGCCCCAUGGUUAUGAGCCUAUUUUCAUGUAAGAAGUGAUCAUGCUUUAUCCAAAACUUUUUCACUUACCAGUGUCUGCUGUUUCAGAUCUAGUUUGUGGUGUUAUUUAUCAAAGUUGACUCUGGGGUGAUGACUUAAUGAUGUGGAUGUUGAGUUAAAAUCAUGCAUGUGUCUUUAAAUAUGUUGGCCUUUUACUAGUUAAUAGUUUUAGUUCAAGAUUGCAUGACUUGGUGAAUGUCAGACUUCACUAGUAUGCAGUCAGCAUACUAGUGAAGUCUGACAUAAUAUGCUGUGUAUAAUAUCUAUGGCCCAACCGAUUUUUUGGGGCCAAUUAUUAGGGGUAAAAAAAUAUCCGAUUACCGAUUGAUCGGCCUAUUUUUCAGAAUUUUUAUGAAGUUGUAAAAAAGAAAAACUGUACAUAUCUAGAGUAUACUAUCAACUGUAGAUAUACUGUAGGCUACUGCUCUUCACGCCGACAGGAAGACCGACUGAUCAAACUGGGACCAGAAAAGCAUUUUCAAAUACCCGCCCCUCGAUCGGUGCCUCCGCGUCUUAAAUCACGUUACUCAUUUCUGGUCUGGUCUCAUCUGGAGACAUGCAGCUGCUUCAAUAAGAGAAGUAGCUUGAUCACGUAUACGUGUACCGUUGUUUAUUCUACCAUUACUGGCACGGCUAACAGUGUAGCAAGGCUAAUAACUCGUUGACUUAUUGUGUAUUUCACGGACUAGUUUAUUUACCGUUGAGGUGGACCACUCUCCUCCAUGCGUCCCUGAGCUGCCUGCUUCAGAUCUUCACUUUGCUGUGCUGUGAGGUAGUUAGUGGAUGAAGAUUGUCACUAGGUCGCUGCGCCAUCUACAGGAUAAGUCUGGGAACUUUUCAAAUGGCGGAACAUUAUCGAAGUGAAACCGAAUCUUAUUCUCCGCAUUUUAUUUCUGAAAAUAUCGCAGAAAAUUGGCAAGUUUUGGCUGAUUACCGAUUAGUCUCAAAUGGGCUAAAACUGGCCGAUUUAAUCGGCUCAUUGAUAAAUCGGUCAGGCCCUAAUAAUAACUCAUGAAGCCAGAAAAAGGGAGGUCAGGUCUUGCAGAAACAUAAUCGUGUCUGUAUAUAGUUUAUCCUCUUUUGAGGUAAAUUCUCGGACAUUGAAAACAGUAAUAAUAAUAAUAACAAUAAUAAUAAUAACAAUAAUAACAAUAAUAAUAAUAAUAAUAAUAAUAAUAAUAAUAAUAAUAAUAGCAACAACUUUAUUUAUCUAGCACCUUUAUGAACAGGGGUCCGUUUCACGUAGCAGGUUUAGUGGAAACUCCGAGUUUGUUAACCCUGAAAUCAGGGAAACUCUGAGUUUUCCGUUUCACAAAGGAGGGUUAGUUAAACCAGGGAGAGAGGGGUAACUCUAACCUGUUUCACGAAGAGAGGUAACUCAACCUCGCGGUCAGUUACCACAGUAACAGACUCCGUGAACCUAACCUGCUCGGGAGCAGGUUUAACUCAGUAAACCCAGAGUUUCAGGUGAGACAUCGGCAUUUUCUCAUUUUGAUCAUGUUUUACAUUGUCAAGUAAGGAUUAAGUGGCAGUUUGAUCCCUUAAAAAAUGCUCUUUUCACACUCAAAACUGAAUUUUACUCUCUUGUUAUGUUCCGUUAAAUGAUUAGGAAUAUUAAAGUAAAGUGGGCCACCACCCGUUUUUCUGGCAUCUGCCCUCUUUCUGUUCGCUGAGUGAAAGUCUAAUAUUGAGUGUAGUGUGUGUUAGUUUAAUAUAUGUACAUAUACAUACUGAGAGUUAGUUUAAUAUUCCUAAUCAUUUAACGGAACAUCAUAAGAGAGUAAAAUUCAUUUUUGAGUGUGAAAAGAGCAUUUUUAAGGGAUCAAACUGCCACUUAAUACUUACUUGACAAUGUAAAACAUGAUCAAAAUGAUUCAAGCAGUUUCCCUGCAACAGUCUGUCAUUGUGAUUGCACGAGACUAGAUUUAAAGUUACGCAUUGACGCGAGCAGCGAUUUCCUCCCAAGCCCUCUCCCUCUCCUUUGCAGCUGCUGCUGUAUUGCGCUUUCUUUUAAAAACGUGCUGUAAUUCGCUGUUGGCUUGCUGCUGCCCCCUCCUUCUCCCUGUUUCCAUUGGUUGAUCAUUGAAUCUGCGCUCCACAGAUGCUGGCUGUUUAUGUCUGGCGUGCACGUGCUUAACUCCAGGUCAAACUACUCGGAGUUGUUAAAACCGUCUCAAAUCAGGUGUUGUGAAACCGGAAACUCAGAGUUUCCUAACUCAGAGUAGAUCAACUCAGAGUUAAGGAUUUAACUCAGAGUUUGUUGAACCACCUACGUGAAACGGACCCCAGAUAUUUACAAAGUGCUUUAACAGAAGAAGCAAACUGAGGCAGAAACAGACAAUGGAAAAUUGACAGUUAGAAAAUGGACAGUUAAAGAUUGGCGGUUGGUAGUUGAAGGCAUCUCAUCAUGAAGGUGAAAAAGAAGAAGGUGGAUAGAGGACAGAUAAAAGAGUAAGAGAAAUAAAUACAUAGAUAAUAAAUUAAGAUAAGGUAAAAUAAGGGUAAUAAUGAAAAGGGAGGGAGUAUAUUAAAACAUGAGAAAAUGUUAAAAACAGGACUAAAAAAAUAUUAAGUUAGCAGGCAAUAAGAGAAAUAAUUAAAUCAUGCAUCAUGUAAAAGCAAGUCUAAAAAAGUGAGUUGUUGUGAUUGUGAAGAUGUGAUUUAAACGAUUUUACUGCACAAGCACAGUGCAGACCACAGUGCAGUCGGACCGUUUCUCUAGUGUAGGCAUUUAUUCACCAUAUAUGGCUGUAAUACUAACACAUUAUUCAUGCAUUACCUAGAAGUGAUGGUUGACAGCGAAGUGUGUGCCCAAGCAUUGGAGACACUGUCUCAUAAACAAGGUCAGAUAAAUGAGAGACGCUGUGGAACCACCUUAGUUGCUGAGGUAAGCCUGAUCCUAUCAGUGCAGCUGUCUUUGCAGAACAUUGUUAGAGAGCUACAGCGAACAGGAGGGAGAUUACACUGCACCUCUAAGCUUGACCUAACAGGCCUAGGUGUUCAUGGAGAGACACUUUGGGUAUAAUUAACAAUUCCCAAUUCCUUAACCCCCCACUGCUGAGAACGUCACACGGUUAAAGACCGGUGUACUUUAAGAGUUUGACACGGCAUUUGGUGAAUCCAACCAAGCAAAUGCUAAUAUUUCUGACUCUGCUAUGGAAAAACUACAAUCUGCCACAGUUGGACUACAAAAAGCAUGGCAUGUUUUGACGGUGUUGAGUCUCGCAGACACAUAAAAUCUCUUAAUUCACUGUGUCCACGCUGUGAAAGCAAAUCCUGUUUUAUAAAGUUACUUUUAACCCUACAGGCUAAAAAAGACUUUUAUAUUUUCACUUGGUUCUUCUUCUGUGUCCGUCUAUCAGCCAAAUAAUGACAAAUAAACUAAAUAAAGACGCUCUGAUGCCACAGACAUGUAUUUAUUGAUUAUAUGUAGUUGUAGUUGGCCCGCAUGUUUUGUAUGUUUCCCUGCUCCAACACACCUGAUUCAAAUGAUCAGCUCGUUAUCAAGCUCUGUAAUGGCUUACUAACGAGCUGAUCAUUUGAAUCAGGUGUGUUGGAGCAGGGAAACAUCCAAAACAUGCAGGACAGUGGACCACUGGUCUAGUGUAUCCUUUCUUAAAGGAAGUAAUAAAGUAAGCAAUGAAUGAAGCUCCUUUUAUUAUCAGUAGGAGGAUUUAAACAGCUCUCUUGGCUGACUUUCAAAGACUUCCAGGUCGUUUCACUUAAUUCUAAACUAAAAAGGCCUUUAAACAAACCCUGUGUGUGUUCGAAUUCAGAUCACAAACUAAACCCCCUGACUCACCUAAUGAACUCUGAGGCUAAAAUCUCUGAUCACUGCAUUGACUGGUGUCCUUGUCAAUACCCAGCGAUACAUUUUAGGUCACAUCAGCACCAGAGGAGCGCCCAUGAUUGCAGCUUGUUGACAUGGAUGAUUCAACCUCUGCUCGGCACUUUUAAAACAUGUAGUUUCACAUGGAUACACCUGACCCCUAACCCAAGUAGAUGAUAUUUAUUUGUUCACUUUAACACAUGCAACCACAGAAACCAGAGUGAUGUUAGAACAUGUUCACCACAGUUUAAGUUGUGGGUUUAUCACUGUCAAAAGUAGGACUCGGUUUUACGCUUAAUGCACAGAAAAGCUCACAAUCUCCGCCUUACACACACUCACGCGCAAACGCACACGCACACACAUAAGUAUUACUGUACAGCAGGAGCAGCACUGGCAGCGUGGGGCUAUAAAUACUCAGAGAUGAUAAAUUUAGAACCAGAGCCAAAAAAUAAAACAUCAGGAUGAGAGAGGCUGCAAGAGGAGGAGGAGGAGAAGGGCCUGGGUUAUAUUAGCAUACACGUGCAGACACACAUAUAUGCUCACAGACACGCACACACGUUCAUGCAUACUCCUACUGCAGGCAGCUGUCACACUCCAUCACACAAUAUGUUUGAUUUACAGGUUCAAAAACACACACGCACUUACCGUUCUCUUUAUAGACAGCAUCCUUUGUGAAGUCUGUGUGUGUGCACAUAUGUGACCGCUCAUUUGCAUAAACACAUAUCACCAUAUGCACACACACACACACACACACACACCCUGCUGUCUUCACACCCACACAGGCUCACACACUCGGCUGAUGUCCUUUGGCUGCAUGCUGCAUACAGAGGACGACACGUGCUGCACGCACACACGCGCAUACACACACACACACACAAACAGAGAGAGAGAGAGAGCUAAAAUUAAACCUCUGUGAUCUAAAAAUAGCAGCUGCACGUGAGCUGAAGAGGGGAAGGAGGACGAAGAGAGAGGCAGAGGGGGAAGAGAGGGGGAGGCAGAGUAGGAGAGAAGAGAUGAAGAUGUGAUUUUUCUGUUUUCAGGGUUUAAGCAAAAGUGCAGAAAGUCUGAUUGUCUGAUUUGUCUUAAUCAAACACAUCAACCACUUUCAAUGGCAUCAUGUGGGCUUUUAUUUUGAAGGGGCACCACACCUGACUUAUAGACUUAUAAAGGUGUCACUGUCUGUCGAGAUGUUUCAGAGCAGCUGGAGUCAGAGGGAGUGAAUGGUGUUCAUUUUUUGUCUGAAUGAGACUCUGCAGACUCUGAAUGAACAUCUCCUCUUCUGAAUGAGAAUUGGUCACUCUCAGUGAUGUUUAAGCAGCUUAGCAGCUCCACCUGCAGGACAAAGAGAGACCUGACACUGCAACAUCAGAAUAGUCCACCUGUAUCCCAUUCACAAACUCAGUCCAAGCUAAUAUGUGUGAUUUUUAAUGCAAGUCUCGGUGCUUAUAACUUUGGACUUUGGACUAAUCUGCACCAUGAUUUUGAUACAGUCGACCACAAAAUUCUUUUAGAUAGACUCUGUAAUUUUAUGGCAUCUCUGGCACUGUUUUUAACUGGUUUAAAUCUUCUCUUAGUGAUAGACAAUUUUACGUGAACCUUGGGGAUCACUCAUAUGUAUGGUGUUCCCCAAGGUUCCAUUUUAGGCCCUUUAGGCCCUUUUUAAUCUUUGUAUGUUACCUUAGUGAAUGUCAUCAGGAGGCAAGGCAUCAAUUUCCACAGCUAUGCUGACGACACACAACUGUAUGUCGCCGUGUCUCCUGAUGACACAGGGCCACUCUAUGCCCUUUUUAACUGCAUUUUAGACAUUAAAUCAUGGAUGGCAGAGAAGUUUUUACAGCUCAACCAGGACAAAACUCAGGUUUUAGUCACUGGGACAGGGGACAAGAGAGAGAAACUGGUCAGAAAACUCAAAGCAUUAUCCUAUAAUCCAAAAAUGUAGGAGUUUUAUUUGAUUCAGAAUUGAGCUUUGAGCCUCACAAAUGAGAUAUCAUCAAGAAGGCAUUUUAUCACGUAUAAAAGCUAAUGCAGAGACAUUAAUUUAUGUUUUUAUCACUUGUAGAAUAGAUUAUUGUAAUGCUCUCCUUUCUGCUCUCCCCAAAAACAACAUUUCACACCUGCAAUUAUGACAAAAUUCAGCUGCACAAGAGAGAUCAUAUUACACAGAUUUUAAGGUCUCUGCAUUGGCUACACGUCUCUUUUAGAAGGGAUUUUAAGUUUGUUUUAUUGGUUUUUAGAGCUUUUCAUGGUUUUGGCCCUUCUUAUCUAUCUGAUCUUCUUUUACCUUAUGAGCCGGGUCGAGUCCUCAGGUCUUCAGAGGGUUCUCUGUUAACAAUACCUAAAGUUAAAACCAAGACAUACGGUGAGGCAUCUUUUUAUUAUUGUGGCCCCCCGUCUAUGGAACAGCUUACCUGAAGACCCAAGGACUGCACCUAAUCUUAAUGAUUUUAAAAGUAAACUGAAAACAUACCUUUUUAGUCUUGCUUUUAACUAAAUUUUAUAUCAUUGACUUUGUUUAAGUGUUUUCUAUUUCUAUAUCUAUUCUAGUUUUAAUCACAGGAUCGUCUUUUAUUGAGCUAUUUUGGUGCUCUUAUUUUAGUAUCUUUUACUGUUGUUUUUAUUUCAUUUUAAUUAUCAUUUCUUAAAUUUCAUCCUAUGUUAAUUUGUUUUUAGAUUUUAACCUAAACCUCCAGUGUUUCCUUAUCUUGAGUUCUAAAAUGACGAAUUCAAGCCCUUUUUAAGUGUAUGCAUUUUAAUUCUGUUUCUGUUGCAAUUAGAUCGUGGGGUGGGAAUAAGGGGUCGGGCUGAGGUAGAUUUGGGUAUUCUUUUUUUCUUUUAUGCCUUUUUCUGUGUAGAGCACUUUGUGCUACAUGCUGUGUAUGAAAAGUGCUAUAUAAAUAAAGACUGAUUGAUUGAUGAUGUUGUUACUUUGGCAAACUGAAAAACUGAGACUCACCUAAACUGGUUUGCAGUAGUGAAGCCUCUGAACUCGUCUCGAAACAGACUCAAAAUUGUUUACAUUGCACCUUUUGUGCAUAUAAACAUGCAGCGUUUUGAGGUUCAUACUGCGCAAGGAAGCCAGAAUGCAGACUUAAUAUGCUAUUCUCUAUCUGGUUCAAAUGAUCAGCUCGUUAUAAUGCAGGGAAACAUCCAAAACAUGCAGGACAGUGGGCCUCGAGGACUGGACUUGAGAACCACUGGAGUAACUUAUUAUUGACAGUUAAUCAUCUUUGUGUUGCUUGCUUUUCACAGUGAAAAUAACACUCACCAGAAACUGAAAAACAAGAGGGUUUCGUCACUUUAUGCAGUGAAACUGAAGCUCAAUGUUACAGUCAAACUGAGAGUCCUAAGAAACACGACUACGGGAAAACUUUGUAACUUCCUUUUUGCUUUAAAACUGAAACUUACCAGAAGUUGAUGACAUCUGUAAAGGGUUUUCCCUCUUGGGUAAAAAUAAACCAAGGAAUGAUUGUGUCAGGGUUGAACUGCACUUCUCUAUCAUCUGAAAACCUGAUCACACUUUAUGUUGCUUACUAGGCUGUUGACACAACACUCCGGCCAGCAAUGCCCCAAUAUUAGAAAAGUUCAUCAUCAGGCAUAAGGUGUAACCAGAUAUGAUUGCUGAUAAAGUCAAAGACUUUUUACUCUUUUGACUUAAAGAAACACUUAGAAAGUUUUUUUUUUUCAGCUGAUGCCGAAUAAAAGAAGUAGAUGUUCUGAUCUUUAACACCUUAUUUUCCAGAGCAGUGCAAACUUCAGAGAGCUUUUAUAAACAGAUUGUCUAUUCCAGUGGUUCUCAAGUCCAGUCCUGGAGGCCCACUGUCCUGCAUGUUUUGGAUGUUUCCCUGCUCCAACACACCUGAUUCAAAUGAUCAGCUCGUUAUAAUGGCUUGAUAACGAGCUGAUCAUUUGAAUCAGGUGUGUUGGAGCAGAGAAACAUCCAAAACAUGCAGGAGAGUGAGCCUCCAGGACUGGACUUGAGAACCACUGAUCUAUUCUAAUUGCUCUAAAUGUAAAGAAGGAGGACUCAAUGACCAUAUUCAAUACUAUAUAUAAAGUUUUGUUGUUUUUUUUAACCUUUGUAGGACGACUGUGAGGAAGAAGCAGAGACGAUAAAGAAACUCCCUUCCAUCAGAGAGGAUGAAGAGGGGUCAGGGUCAGAGGGGGAGCACUCCCCCCUCCCAGCCAUGCCUCCCCCAGGCAGGCUGGGUCGAGGUCUACGCUCCCCUCUCCGCUCCCCUCUGCGUUCCCCCCUCCUCCCCCCCAGGACCCUCAGACCAGGGGCCGACCCCCCCAAACCCUCCAGCAGCCUGCAGGUCCCUGUGGUGAGCUUCAGCAGCCUGCAGGGGGAGCUCUCCCCCAGGUAAGAGACACAAAAGACACCUAUGUAACAUGAUUAAUAGAUGAUAUGAUACACACCUGCACAGGUAAGAAAGAUAAAAUAGAGAGAGAGAGUAAGAGCGAGAGAGAGAGAGAGAGCCCUGUUCAGGCUGCUGCCACUAGAGGGAGCUCAUGUAUUAGUUUAAGUAAGUCUAACUGAAAAACAUGCACACACUGUCUCCUCCUUUCUGUGUGUGUGUGUGUGUGUGUGUGUGUGUGUGUGUGUGUGUGUGUGUGUGUGUGUGUGUGUGUGUGUGUGUGUGCGUGUGUGUGUGUGUGUGUGUGUGUGUGUGUGUGUGUGUGUGUGUGUGUGUGUGUUCCAGGUUUGUGGAUGGUACUGAAACAGAAAGUCAAACCAGUUCAGCUCCAAACUUUGAUUUUUCUCCAAGCAUGACUCGCAGCUUCCCCACCAGCCCCUUUUCAGCUACCACAGGUAAACACGCACACACUCACACAUACAUACACACACACUUUGAAAAAAAAUACAUGUUCCACAUGCUACUUUUGGGUCCUCAGGUGUCUGUGAUGAAGCUGAAACUCUGCAGACCAUCAAUAGACUCAAACAGGAGGUGAGGAUCUUCAUCAUUUUUAUUAGACGAGAGCAAACUUGCUGCAAAACUCUGGCUGGAUGACAAAUCUGAUAAACAAUGGUGGAUAAACAUAGAUGAGGAAAACUAGCUCACCACCGCCUUCUAGCUGUGUUCAAAUUUCAGCCUCUUUUAGCCACUUUCACUAGGAAAGAUGAUUUUUGCCACACCCAUCCAGUUUCCAACAACCUAAAAGAAGGAGGCAUAUUGCACUGCUUAAUGAACAAUGAACUGAACUACUGGGGUCUUAGCCUAAAUGCAUUCAUGUGCUAAUAUUUGAUCAACACUGUAGUGCCCCCUGGUAGAAAAUGACGCCUCUGUCUGAGCUGCAGAGCUGUUUUUACACUCUGGUGCUCUUGUUGGGUGAAGUUUAAAUCACUGCACUAAACCAUUAAUGAGAUGUCACCUCAGCUAAUACUGUUUUUGUACAGCAGCUUUUUGCGCAUUCACCUUCUUGUCCAAAUGUGGUCAAUUCUGACUUCAGCUUCCUGUAUACACGGUCUGUGAUGAAUAACGCAGUGUUUACCCUAACCUUUAAAAGGUUAAAGGUGUGGUAUAAUAUAUCCAAAUUAGCUGUACCUUCACUUCACUUCAACUUUAUUAUGUCCCAAAAAUGAGCAAAUCGGGUUGCAGCAGGCACAGACAUUUAAAACACUGCCAUACAUCAUUAAAAGAAAAAUAGAAUAAAAUACAUUUCCAUAAAAAAAACAGUUCAAGAGGUAAAAAGCAUUAAAGAUGAUUCAGAAGGUAAAAAGAAAAGCAUAUGUCAGUCAUAUAUUUUUUGCAUGAACAGAGUGCAUAAGACAAAAUGCAGAAACAAAGUGCAAUGUGCGGUUUGUGUACCAAUAAAAGACCCCGAGAUGAAGCUUGAUCUACAAAACCCAAUUCCAUUGAAGUCCUUUAUACAUUGAUGUCAGUUUUUGAUACAGUGCCGCCUGAGGGAUCGAAGGUCAGAGGCAUUCAAUGUUAAUUCUCUGAACCUUUUGAUGAUAUUAUGGACCGUAGAUGUUGAAAUCCCUAAAUUCCUUGCAAUUGUACUUUGAGAAACGUUGUUCUCAAACUGUUCGACUAUUUGCUCACGCAGUUGUUCACAAAGUGGUGAACCUCGCCCCAUCCUUGCUUGUGAAUGACUGAGAAUUUUUGGAGAAGCUGCUUUUAUAUCCAAUCAUGGCACCCACCUGUUCCCAAUAACUUGCUCACCUGUGGGAUGUUCCAAAUAGGUGUUUGAUGAGAAUUCCUCAAAUUUCUCAGUAUUUUUGGCCACCUUUCCCAACUCCUUUGUCACGUGUUGCUGCCAUGAAAUUCUGAGUUAAUUAUUAUUUGCAAAAAAAAAAAAGAAAUAAGUUUAUGAGUUGGAACAUUAAAUAUCUUGUCUUUGUAGUGUAUUCAACUGAAUAUAGGUUGAAAGGGAUUUGUAAAUCAUUGUAUUCUGUUUUUAUUUACGUUUAUCAUAAUUUCCCAACUUCAGUGGAAUUGGGUUUGUAUAAUAAUAAUAAUAAUAUUAAUAACAAUAAUGAUGAUAAUAGUAAUAAUAAUAAUAAUUAUUAUUACUAUUAUUACAAUAAUAUACACUGUAUAAUAUCAGAAACAAUUAUCUCCUCCUGCAGGAAUCAUUUAGGGCUCUGAUAGAGGAUGGGAUGAAGGACCUGUUUAAGAACUCAAUCACUUCAAGUAACUAUGGUAACCAAGUAUCUGUCCUCUGAGUGACUGGUUUGCAUUCAUCCUGUCUAUACAUGUCCUGUCUCCUCUAGAUGGCUGUCCUCUCCCGUCAAGUCAGUGCUGUCACUCAGGAGCUGCAGGAAGUGACAAGUCUCCUCAAACCGCUCUUCUCCGCUACCUCCACCUCCCUAAUACCUGAGGCUGUGACUCCGCCCCCCAGCUGUUCCCCAGCUCCGCACCUUUUUACUCAGCAGGAGGAUUCUCUGUCUGUCCCUGAUCCUGACCCCUCCUCUCAGCUUAGCGUGCUGAAGCGAGAGUUUGAUCCUCUUCACGGUUCAUCAUCAAGAACCAUCAGCCCUGCCCCCCCAGCCUGUCAUAGCUCCGCCCCUUCCUCUCUUAGCAGCUCCCCUCUCCAGCACACAGCUGAGCACCCUCCCUUCCCCUCCUCUUACACUCUUCAUUUAGACACAUCUGGACCUGAUCCAGGCACCCAGAGGCAGCCCCAGUUCCAGUCCAGGUCCUGGUCUGACCCCCAGUCCCUCUCCUAG